CAAAACGUUCUGCAUUUUAUUAGUCUAGUCCAUUCUCCUCCAACCAUAGAGGUAGGGAAAAAAGAGAAAGAAAAAAAAAAAUGGUGAUGAGAUUGCUGAUUCUUUCAAGCAUUUUGACAUGGGUUGUGGUGGGAAGCUGUGUGGUCCAUGAAAAUGAGGCUGAAGUACAUGAAAAUGAGAUUGAAGUACAUGAAGAUCUUCAAGCACCAUCAAUGGCACCCUCGAAAGAUUGCUCGGUGGUGAUAUAUGAUAUGGCAGAUUGUGUGCCUUACUUGAGCGAUGGUAGCAAGAAAACAAAGCCUGACCAUUCAUGCUGCUCAGGGUUUGAGACGGUGAUAGAAACCAGUGCUGAUUGUAUUUGUGAAGCUCUAAAGAAAAGUGGUCAAAUGGGUAUCCAAUUAAAUCUCACAAGAGCUAUUGCUUUGCCUAGUGCUUGUGGCGUUUCUGCAUCACCUCUUAAGAAUUGUCACCUCCCCAAUGUGCCACCUCGUUCAAGCCCUGUUAAUCCUCCAAAACCAUCACCAGAAACUGCUCCACCUCCAAAAUCACCGGAGCCACCAUCAUCUUCUGACACGUCAGCACCGACGCCCUCAUCUGGCAAAGGAGGUGGUGGAAAAGCUGCUCAAGCCCCAGCACCAUCUUCGGCUGCACACAUUAAUGGAACUCCUUCACUGGUAGUAUUAGCAGCUUCUUUUGUAGUUAGUGUUAGUAUUUUUAUUCUUGCUUUUGGACACGCCCAUUGAUUUAUGGUAGUUUUAGAGUAAAUUAAACUGUGUUGUUUUAGCUGAUUUAGUUUUUGAUUUUUGGUUUUCAAAUAAUUUGUGGUGACAACUAGAUUCUAGUAUAUUUUGUUGAAAAAAAAUUACAAAUUUAGCUGUCAAAUUAGGUAUUUUUCUUAUUGGUUUUUUGUU